AUGAUCUCUUCAGCGGCGCCUGCGUCCGCCGGUGGCGGUGGCGGUGGCGGCAUGAGCAGCAAGCUGUCUGGGCUGCAGCGGUUGAAAGAGGCCUCCACGGCCCGUCUGGUCAGCCGGAUUCCGUCAGCGGGCAGUCGUACAUCAGGUGAAACCGGGGGAUACGUGCCGUCCGCUAUGGCAAACCCACAGCCUGCCCGCAACCUCCCGGUCCGCACAAAUUCGGGCGGCCGCAGCGGUGGCUUCGGCAGUGGCGCCACCGGCGGCGGCGGCGGCGGGUACGGCAGCGGCGGGCAGGCUGCCGUCAGCUCGGCGCGGUCCGCAUCCACGGGACCAGCUACUGCGGCGGCGGGUCGGCCUCCGUCAGGCAGAACUUCGGGACCGGGUUCUAAUGCUCCUGUUGCUGGCGGCGGCGGCGGCGGGUACGGCGGCAGUAGCAGCGUUAGGCAGCAGCCAGCGUACAGCACCUCGUCAUCCUCGGCCGGCGGCGGCGGCGGCGGCGGCUAUGGCCGUAACGCGCCGGGUGGCAAUCGCAACGGAGAGUAUAAUGGCGGUGGCGGUGGCCGGCAGCCGCCGGCUGCCGCUGCCCGCCGUCAGGCCCUCGCGCCGCCGCCGCCAGCUCCCCCGCCGCCGGAACCUCAACCAAGAUCCGUGGCGCCUCGAGCGGCGGCGGCCCCGCCGCCGCCGCCAGCUCCUCUUCCCGACCGCCACCGGCAUGGCGUUGUCGAUGACGUGGGCUUUGGUGGAGGUGGAGGUGGUUUCGGAGCGGGUGGAGGCAUCCCCCCGGACGCUGAGGAGGCGGGUCCUACGGGCCCCAUGGUUUGUGAGAAGGUAUUCGCCACGAAGCGGAAACCCGUCAACAUGGCUGCUAAGAGGCUGGAAGGCUCGGAGGCAGUCAAGUUCUUCGACCUCCGGAAGGGGCUGCCCAAGUCGGAGGCGAAACAGGUAGCAGCAGCCGGGGCGGGAGGUGCGGGCGGGGGGAGAGCAGCGGCCGGUCGGGGUGGUGGUGGUGCUGGAGCUGGCCGCGGUGGUGGUGGACUUGAUGACCGACCUCUUCCUGGUUCAAAGGUGCCGAAAUGGAAGGCCCAGUCCCAGCAGUUGAGGGCGGCCAUGGCGGCAAACAAGAAGAUUGCGGACGCGAAGGCUCGGGGGGUCGACAUAAAGGACAUCAAGUUCGACUCGGGCCCCUCAGUCCCCGACGACCGCAUCCUGUGCCCCCAUUGCGGUCGCAAGUUUGCGGAACUCGCAGCGGAACGUCACAUCCCCAAGUGCAAGGACAUCAUGGCCAAGCCGGGGCGGCUGGCGGCCGGGGGGGGCCGGGGGGCGCACAUGCGGCGGUAG